AUGAGUCGCAGGUCCAACGAAGCCAAGCCCAAAGACCUGCUUAAGAUUGUGCGAGGCAAUUUUAAUGGGGUAGACAGCAACGAUGUCCUCCUGAGCACAGAAAGCUUUGUGGAGAAGUACGGGGAGUUUCUGGAGGAAGUGCUUGCUGUAACCCCCAGGCCCACAGCAACGUUGUUGAAAGGAGCCAUUCACUUGGCCUAUCCCGGUGUCAGUGGUGAAGAAGUCACUGCACUUGCAAACAAAGUGAAUGAGAUCUACAAAACGACAUUCAGUCGUGCCAGAAAUCUCAAAACAGGAGAGCGACUGACCCCCUCUGUGAAGAAGCUUUGUGUCUUCAUCCGGAACCAGCUUGGUUUGCCAGAACUCUUGACGUCUGCAGACCAUGCUUCGAGGAAGAGUGUGGCUUCGAGAGGCAGCGACCCUGUCAGCCCCAAGCCAAAGUCCCCUGCUCCGAGGUCACGAAGUCGCAGUAAGAGCGCCCCAUCCACACUGCCGGUGCAGAGGCAGCUGACUCCACACAUUUCGCUGAGCUCCGAAGAUCGCUUAACUGAGGCAUCGAGCUGUGUUGUGCCAACGGCAGGCCCAACAAGCAGCAUCAAAGCCAAGUACCAGCUUCCUUCGGCCUCGACGAGACCUCAGGUAAUUUACCACGCGGAUAUGUCCAAGCCUGCCCUAGUGAAGAUCACCGGAGAUUCCCAAGAGGUGGGACAAAUGAGCAUGGGCCAGGAUGGCUUCUUGGUGGCAAAAUUUUCGGAUGGCGAAGAGAAGCAGACAGAGAUCCCCAAUCUGGUUCUCGUGGCCAAGUUGGAAUCUCAGGCUGGGCCCAAGAAGGCCCUCAAGAAGCCUGCAGGGGCUAAGGCUAGCCAAAAGAAGCCUGCAGUGGCCAAGUCUGUGACAAAGCUUGUUGGCCCAGAGCCUGCCGGCCCAGAGCCUGCCGGCCCAGAGGCUGCCGGCCCAGAGCCUGCUGCACCAGAGCCUGAGGCUGAAGCUGCUGUCUCCUGGCCAGAGGAGGCGACACUUCGAAAGGAGUACAGGAACAGCAACAACAGCUAUUGCUUCCGAGCAAUCUGGAAAGAUGGAGCGAAGGAGCAGAAGAAGGCGAUCCUCAGCAUCCAGGGGCACGAGUGUCCCAAGGAUGUGCUCUCAAAGAUUUGCGACGAAGCUCUGCAGAAGCUCCGGAACAAGGAGAGCACUGCAGAUGUUCGUGCAUGGAUUUAUGCACAGAUGCCCUGA